GGGCUCGAGAGAGAGAGAGAGAGAGCGAGAGAGAGAGAGAGGUUACAGAAACCAAAAACAGAAACCUGCCUUAAAAUCACUGGAAGCAUUCUUCCUGGAAGCUGAAACCAUCUUUAUCUCUAACACCAUGGAGGAUAUGAGUAUCGAUCAGAAAAGGCUCCCUGGCGUCAAAGAGGUGUGUCGCGAUUUUGCUGUGCUGGAGGAUCACUGUCUGGCCCACAACCUUCAAGAACAAGAAAUUGAGAACCACCUGGCGUCCAACAUCCACAAGAGUCGUCUGGUGCAGCAGGAUCUCCGGGUGGCCAAGCGUCUCCAAGAAGAAGAGGACCAGCGGGCCAAAGCCCAAAGUCAGAAACAGCACCAAGACAUUGAACGCAUUGACAACGAAAUAGCUCAAGAGAUUCAGGAGCAGCUGGUCCGGCAGGCCGAGAAGCAGAAGCAGCAGGAGGCUAAGGAUGAGGCCAUUGCUCGUAAGCUGCAGGAGCGAGAGAUGAAAGAGGAACGGAGGAGGCAGAAGCAGCUGGAGGCCAAACUGGAAGAGCAGUACUAUGAAGACAAAGGAGCCUACCGACCCCCUUCAGACCCUCAAGUGGAAUACUCAGGCUCUGAUUUGCCAGUGUCUGGCAGAGAAAGGAACCGAGAGUUAAGUCGAGGUCGAUCUCCUGAACACUGGCCUCAAAAAUUGGACCAAAAUAGACGACUGGACAGUCAUGGUAAUCAAAAUAGAUAUCCUGAAUAUUACCCCGUUGAAGUCAAUCCCUCAAAAGUCUCAGAGCAUCAUAAAUCUGAACAGAACCGAGGGAAAAAUGAAGGUAAGGCCAGAAGACAAGUGCCUGAGCAACACCUCUCAGAGGUAAAGACUAAAUACCCAGAGGAAUACUUGGCUGGAAGAAACAGACACACGGAUGCAGAACCACGUUACAACCAGGAACUGGCGAUGACUAUGAAGGAGCGAGGAUAUAGAGAUGACCCAUCAGACAGGGACAGGACAAGGAGAAGAGAUCAAGAUCAAGAGAGAGAAAGAGAAAGAAGGAGAAAAGGAGAUAAGGCACAAUACAGAGACAAAAGUCAAGAUAAGCUGAAUAGGGACCCCAGUAGAGACAGACUCGGGCACAAAGAAGUGGACAUGGGACAAAAUGGCUAUAGACACAGAAGCAGAGAUAGAGAUGUGGAGUUGGAAAUAGAUAAACGUGGACCAAAGGAGAGAGUAAGGGAUGGGGAAAGACAUUGGAGUAGGGACAGAAACAGAGGCCGAGAGUUGGACGGUCCACCUUCCAGUAAACACUAUUCAGAAGAAAGCGAGGAGAAUGCAGACUACACCAGGCAGAGGCUCUACAGCAAUGAUGAGGUGUUUGAGGAGCCCAGAUCUAGAAGUCACUCUAAAGGGCAAACCCCCAGGUACAGAGGACGAAGCGUGCAGGAGGAGUACGGGAUGAGGGAAGCAAUGCAAGGUUUGUCUCAAAUGGACCUGCGAGCUCAGGAGCUCAGAGACAUGGAGGUGGCACGCAGAAUACAGGAAGAGGAGCUCAUGGCAAGUAAACUUGACAAACGAGCUGCUCAAGUUGCACAAGAUGAGGAAAUAGCGCGACGAUUCAUGGAGGAAGAGGAAAGGGAGUACAAGAAGUCUAGAGAGAGAGAGAGACAGCAGAGACGACCCGAGGGGGACUCCAGGCCCACAGAGGAGGAAAUGGACCGACCACGAACACGAGAGGAGUAUGACUACCAAAAGGCUCGGAAUCCAAAAUCGUCCAGACCUCCACCACAUAUCCAUAACUAUGUGAAUGUUGACUCCAGUUAUGCUUAUUCAGUUAACUACUCCCCUCGCCCGCCUUCCAGACCCGAGGCUGCUUACAAAGGUGCCUACUACAGACAGUGACUUGAGGCCCUUGCUGUCAUUUCAUGAUUUGUGCUGUACUUCUGUUUUUUUCUUCACUUUUUGAAGAUUGCUGUAUACUGCUAGCAGGAGGUUGUGGGGUCUGUUUUUACGCUGAUCUCAUAUAAACCACCAAGUCCAGACUUUUGAAUACACAAAUGUAUUGUCAUAUCUCCGUGUGCACGAUGACCAAACACUCAUUUGUUGUGCAUGUUUGAAAAUUUUUGACAACAAUGACAGAUUUUUUUUAUUUAUUUUUAAUUUAUGUUUUGUAAAAACAGACAUGAAGAUCAUAUAAUUUACUUUUCUAGAUAUUACAUUGUUGUGAUAUUAGUGUUGUAAUUAGUAAAUGUAUUUACUGCCACAUACACACAUUAGCCAUGCCAGUAUGUCGGCAACGGAUGUACACUUCCUUUUCACGCCAGCAGGUGUGUGUCCUGCGUGUUGUUUUUUCGGUCACAACCUUGCAUUCAACUGCGCAUGGCAAUUAUGUCUGCAAAGACAAAUGCAACAGUAUACACAGUACGGCAGUGAGUAUUUACUGCUCAUCAUGGCAUGUGUUAGAUUGUUUUCAGUCCAAAAUGAUCUGUCAUACAGAGUUUUUUCCAUCUGCAUUUGUUCAGGGAAAUGUACAACAUGAUUAUUUGGACUUGUCUCCCUGUGUAGAACUGAAAGACAAACAUCAGUUAAAUUCCUUUGGUACAGUAUUAGUGCCUCUACUAUACUAGUGUUCAGCUGCCAGUACUAUAUGCCUCUAUCUUACAUUCAUAACCAUGAAAACAUCACUUAUCUGUCACUGAAGGAUUGAACAUGCUACUAUGCUGAAGUAAAGUUACUGAGUAUUAUUCAACAGUUUUUGUUUUUUGAACUGAUUUAUUUAGUAUGUAUAUUUUAGUGAUGAUUCUUCAUAAUAAGAUAUAAAAUUGUCCAUGAUCUAGCGGAAAUGCCUUGCCUGUUCUUUAUCUGCCAGAAAUAAAGGGUAUUGCAUUCAUGUUUUUCACUGAAUGUUGAAAGCGAUUAGCUGUUUGUUGCUAGAUGAUCAUUUCUGGAAUAUAAUGAAGUGCUUGCUGUAAAGUGACUUUGCUUUAACUACUGUCAUCAGCUCAUAUUUCGAGGAAGGAAUCUGAUUUAUAUAUCAAUAUUUUAAGAGGCAAUAAAAAAUUAGCUAUUACUGUUAUUCACUGGUAAAAUUCAUGCUCAGAACAGGUCAUGACUAUAACUAUUUAUUCUACAAUCAAAUGCUGUAUGUCUUGUGAUCAACCAUAAACGUUUGUAUCUUGCACAUUAUUUCAUAAGUAACACUGGCCAAGUAUCAUUUACAUAAGAAAUAAAUGGAUUUUAAGUAA